AUGCCAGCAGCUGUUUCGCCCGAGAGACCUCGAAGUGGUAUCACUCGCUUGACUGGAUGCCGAUUAGUCAAAGGCAACACACUGGUAGAAGAAGAUCUCUGGCUUUCUUCAGUCACAGGUCGCAUCCUCCGCAGUCAAGAAGUCUUCUACGAGCAUCAAGCAGCCCCAGAUGAGGUCAUUGAUCUCGGUGGGCGCAUCGUCUCUCCUGGCUUCAUAGAUGUCCAAUUCAACGGCGCAUUUGGCUUCGAUUUCUCGCAAGCACCACAAGAUCCUGUCUCUCAUCGUAAGGGUCUGAAGGAGUUGAACAAACGAUUGAUCGGCACGGGCCUCACAUCAUACCUACCUACCAUCACCAGUCAGAAACCAGAGCUCUAUCACAGCGCAUUGCCGUAUUUGGGUCCUUCCGGUGCAGCCCGCGACGCAGAUGAAGGUGCAGAAUCACUAGGCGCACACGUCGAAGGCCCCUUCCUCAGCCCAACCAAGAAUGGCAUUCACAGCCCCGAAGUCCUCCAAUCCGCCGCCUCUUUCGCCGACCUCGAGACUUGCUACGGCGCCCACAACCUGCCCAACAUCAAGAAACUGACCGCCGCACCCGAAGUCGGCAACAUGACCUCCAUAAUCCCAGAAGUGGUCAAGCACAACAUCAUCUUCAGCAUCGGUCACACAGAAGCCACCUACGAAGAGGCCUCUGCAGCAGUCGCCGCUGGAGCAAAAAUGAUCACUCACCUCUUCAAUGCCAUGAAACCUCUGCACCACAGAAAUCCAGGUGUUUUUGGUAUUCUGGGUCAUCCAUCCACACAUACGCCUUUCUUUGGCGUCAUUGCUGAUGGCAUCCACUUACAUCCCACUACCGUUAAGAUCGCGUAUGCCGCCCACUCCGAAGGCAUGAUUCUAGUCACAGACGCCAUGAGUCUUGCUGGCUUGCCUGACGGCACUUACAACUGGACGAAUGGCGAUAGCAUUGUCAAGAAAGGGUCGAAUCUGACUUUGGUUGGUACGGACAAGAUUGCUGGUGGGUGUGCGACGUUGCUGGACUGCGUGAACAACUUCCUCAAUUGGUCAAACGCGAGUAUACCUGAAGCUGUCAGGGCUGUUACUGUUACGCCGGCUAAGAUGUUGGGGUUGGAGGGUGUUAAGGGAAGCUUGGAGGCUGAUGCGGAUGCUGAUCUUUUGGUCUUGUCGGAAGAAAUCGAUGGAGAAGGAAGGCGAUUAUUGGUUGAUCAGGUGUGGAAGUUCGGAAGACUGGUUCACGAGAGGUCAUGA